CAGAGAAUCUAUAUAUGAAAUAGCAUCUUAUCUACUUUACACCCAUUAAGGAUUUAGGUACACAUCAAUAUUCAACAUGUGGCAAUAUAUCAGCGGAGGAUCGGGUACAACAACAGUGCCACCAAUGACCUCAAAGUAUGAUGAUAAAGUGCCACCACCACCAGCUGGUGGUGCCUUUGUACCACCGCCAAGAGCGCCACGAGGUGUUAAGUUGAGUGCCAACAAGAAUGAGGAGUUCAAAGGUUUCUCAGCACCUCCAAAGGUCACAGACUACAGUAAUGCAGAUUAUUCAGCAUAUACACUCUCUGAAACAUAUGACGAUACCACAUCAAAAGGACAUGGAUUCCUGAAUAAUAUAUUAUCAAACCCUAGAGCACGCAACUGCUGGGCAAGUGUGAAAAUGGGAUUCAAAAUGGGAGGUGCCGUGGGUGGUAUUUUCGGUGGAAUCACCGGUGUAUACACCUCUAUGAGACACAGAAACCUAAUGGUACUGCCAAUAUCAGUUAUCGGAGGAGCUAUCAGCUUCGGCUUCUUUCUAGGAUGUGGUAUGGUAGUACGCUGCUAAGACUACCAUACUUGGGGCCUCAUG